AUGUACAAAAAGCCAAUUACCAAGAUUCUGGCAUUCUCCUCCUCCGUCUUUGUCAUCGUGUCCGAGGAUUCAUCGGACGCCGGCGAGUCCGCCAUGACGCCUACACAACACUACACCAGUGAAAUGGGUAUCGGGAAAAUUCCUCACUUUGAGCAGACGUUAGAGGAUGCGUUGAAGGUGGACACGGUGACAUGCCAUCAGCGUGCAGAGCACUCGCGGGUACCAGAGAACAAUCUCUAA